ACUUUAAAGUUCCCUCGGUGCACAAAGCGAAAGAGGGAGGAGAAAGCGUUUCAUCAUCGCUCCCGAGAGCCGACUUAUAAGAACUUGGCGCUGCCGCUGCCGGGCUCACUCGCGGCUCGGAGGGAUUCGGCACAAUCCGUGCGGGCCGGGCCGGACACGCACAGCCCAAAACCCCCGGGCUCCCCGGGAAGCCCUCGCCAUGGGAGUCCGCCCCGAAGUUGGCAAAUCCCCGGUGGACAUCCCCAGGAGCUCCAGCACCUGCUCCAGGAGUUUUUUCUGCAACAUCAAAGUGUUUGUGCUGUGCCAUGGGCUCCUCCAGCUCUCCCAGCUCCUCUACAGUGCCAACUUCAAGAGCAGCCUCACCACCAUCGAGAAGCGCUUUGGGCUCUCCAGCCUCUCCUCAGGUUUCAUCUCCAGCUUGCACGAGAUUGGCAACGUGGUGCUCAUCAUCUUCGUCAGCUACUUCGGCAGCCGCGUGCACCGCCCGCGCGUGAUCGGCCUCGGGGGGCUGCUGCUGGCCCUGGGGGCCUUCCUGGUGACCCUGCCCCACUUCCUCUCGGGCCCCUACGAGUACACUGCCCUCAGCACGGGUAACAAGAGCCAGGGGCAGGUUGAGCUGUGCUAUGCAGAGAGUAGAUUUGUGUGCUCAAACACCACCCGGGACCCCGAGAAGGAGGCCAGCAGUGUGUGGGCCAUGAUGGUCAUUGCCCAGCUGCUGGCCGGGAUCGGCACCGUGCCCAUCCAGCCCUUUGGGAUAUCCUACGUGGACGACUUUGCAGACUCCAACAAUUCCCCACUCUAUGUUGCCAUCCUGUUUGCCAUUGCUGUGUUUGGCCCUGCCUUUGGGUACUUGCUGGGGUCCGUGGUGCUGCGGCUCUUCGUGGACAUCGGGAGGGUUCACACUGUGGAGCUGACGCCGAGCGACCAGCGCUGGAUCGGAGCCUGGUGGCUGGGGCUGCUCAUCUCCUCGGGCUGCCUGGUGCUCACCUCCAUCCCUUACUUCUUCUUCCCUCGGUACAUGCUGAAAGGAGAGGAGCGGAACACGGAGGCCGGGAUGCUCAGGAAGAUGGAGACAGGGGCUGCUCAAGACACCUCCCUGCUGGAGUUCAUCAAAAGAUUCCCAAAGAUCUUCCUCAAGCUGCUGCUCAACCCCCUCUUCAUCCUCCUGGUGCUGGCUCAGUGCAGCUUCUCCUCCGUCAUUGCGGGUCUGGCCACCUUCCUCAACAAAUUCCUGGAGAAGCAGUAUGGUGCCUCCCCCUCCCAGGCCAACUUCCUCAUAGGAGCUGUGAACCUGCCGGCAGCAGCGCUGGGGAUGCUGCUGGGAGGGAUCAUCAUGAAGCGCUUCUCCUUCUCCCUGCGCGCCAUCCCGCGCUUCGCCGUGGUGGUGCUCGUCUUCUCCAUCCUCAUCUGCCUGCCCAUCUUCUUCAUGGGCUGCUCCACGGGGCACAUCGAGGGCAUCUACCACCCCAGCACACCCAAUUCCCAGCAGCAGGUUAAGUCACGGGUUGGGUGCCAAUGCUCUAAGCAGAUCUUCCACCCCGUGUGCCGGAAAAACACCACGGAAUACAUCUCACCCUGCUUCGCUGGCUGCACCAACAGCACCACCAACCCCUCCAACCCCACACAAACGAUCUACCACAACUGUUCCCUGAAUGGGAAUGAGCUGUUCUCCACCUACACGGGCUCUUGUCCAGUCAGCUGCUCCCAUAUGCUCCUUCCUGCCAUAUUCCUCAUCUCCUUUGCUGCCCUGGUGGCCUGCCUGUCCCACAACCCCCUCUACAUGAUGGUGUUACGGGUGGUGAACCAGGAUGAGAAGUCGUUCGCCAUUGGAGUCCAGUUCUUACUGAUGAGACUGCUGGCCUGGCUGCCGGCCCCAGCCAUGUUCGGAGCCCUCAUCGACUCCUCCUGCAUCUACUGGCAGCAGCAGCAGUGCGCCCCGGGCCGCUUCUGCGCCUACUACAACAACGAUUUCCUCCGGAACAGAUACCUGGGGCUGCAGGUGGGCUACAAGGUGGUGGGCACCGUGCUGCUGGCCCUCAUCAGCUGGAAGGUGAAGAGGAGCAAGGAGUACAACGUGCAGGAGAAGGCGGCGGGGCUGGUGUAGCCCCCGAGGACUGACUCGCCCCCCCAUCACCCACUGCCACUACUUUGUCUUGUUUGGGUUUGUUUUACUUCCCACGGGAGCGACUCUGCCGCUCCGAGCUCCCCUCGCAGGUGCUCCCGGCGAGGGAUGCUCCGGGCCAGCCCCGUCCUGGGAAUGGCAGCGCCCGGGCUCUCCAGCCUGGGAGGGGCAGCCCCGGCCAGCUGGAGCAGGAGGCAGAGGGGGCUGGCACGCAGGGACCCGGAGAAGUGCCGGCUGUGGGCGAUGGUCCCGCUGCGGUGUGACAUUCCCGGCCUGCCCGGCUGGGACAGGAGCAGGGGAGGUGGCUGCCAGGUGUCCCCACAGAGGGCAGCAGGGACACCGCGCACGUGUCGGGACAAGACAGCACAAGGGGUUUAGUGCAGAACAUCUGGGGUUUGUUGCUCUUUUUAUUUUUUAAAUAAAGGUCACUUUUCCAA